GAAUUGUAUUUUAAGAGCAGAUCUAUUUCCUGAAUUACAGUGCAAUUGUUCAAUAGAGGAAGAAUAUAAAAUACACCGAAGGUCUUUUUACCCCAAGGCUUUUAUAGCAACGUCUACUUUACAUACAAGGUCAUGUCAUUGGCUAAGUAUUGGAAAUGUGUGUUUAUUUUGUUUAAACGUAUUUGUUUAGUAUAGGCUAAAGACUGUGACUGCCCAUUAGGGGGAGUCGUGGACUUGAUUUAGGAGGCAUUUCACUUAACCAUCUAAAUAUGGGAUUUUGCUUUAAUACUUUAUUUUAUAAACGCCUUUAUAAAAAAAUCCAGCCUACACCUAAAUAAAAAAUGAGCAAUUAGUAUAAGGAAAGUAGGCCUAUCAUCACCAUAUACAAGAACCAAAUAUAGGCCUAUAUGUAAAUACAAAUAGCUAUACAGACUAUCAAACAAAGCCUUGCGUAUAAUAGCCUGACCAUAAAAUACAAGUUAAAUGAAGAUGAACGGAUAAUGAAUCGAGAAUGGUAAUAGUUGUGAGCACACCCGCGCAUCUGGCACGCGCACAAAUAGAGUCUUCUGUAUUCACUAGCCUACAUGUGCUCGCGUCUUUUUUGAACACCUAUUGUACGACCGGACACCCAGUACAGUUCGCGUAAUUUUCCGUGAAGCCUCUCGGACACGACACGACACGUCUCGGUGUGAAGUGGGUUUGUCAUGUCUUCUGCUUUGGAGCGCUCGUCUCCAGAAGGUCCUGCUGCGCUCACGUGCACUCCGGUCUCCAGAUGGAGUAACAGCUUCAUUUCGACCAGAUGAAACGAGUCAUUUAUCCAGGACAUAUGCGUAAACCGAAGAGGACACUCUAAACAAAACCGCAAAGGGAUCGAUUCAUGAAGUUUUCUUCCUCUCUUGAAAUGAUUUGUGAUGUGAGGAGCGCUCGAACCCCGGGCACAAUUUCGGUUUGAAUAAGUGCAGAACGCAGCGUUUGGCGCAAAAGACGCUCGUCAGAAGUAUGACAGAGAGGUAAACGAUGUUUUCUAACUUGAACGGAUGUGGAACACUUCUUGUUAUUAUAUAUGUAGCGCGGAAGCGGUGUUGUCUUAUUUAUAGUAGUCUCUUGUUUUACAAAGUAACAUGCAAAGACGGGAAAUGCAUGCACUAAAUGGUAUUGCGCGCAAGGAUCCACGACCCUCUCAUCGCAUAAGGACACGUAAAUACCUAAAUGAUCACCCGAAAUACCUGAAAUGUUUAAGGAAACGUGAGUAACCAUCGUAGCUAUACAGAAUAGGCUACUGACUCUAUUUCCACAACCACUGAAUAUGUUACUAGCAUAAUGUUUCUACAAUGACCGUCUUGAACUUAAGUAUUAAAGACUUUACUGGUCCUUUAAAAAUACAAUGCAGGACGUGACAUAAACUGGAAAUAUGAAAGCAUGAUUUUUAUUUUUGUUUCGGAGGAAGCCACAAACAACCACAAAAUAGACUUUUCCUUCCUUAGCGGACAUUUAUUUUGUCGCACGUAAUAGCAGUGAUGGAUCUGAACCUGACAACUGUCAUAGACAGUGGCUUGAUGGAAAGUGACCAAUCCACACGAGUUCUCACAGGUUGCUUUCUAUCUCUUCUGAUUCUUUCCACCUUACUGGGGAACACGCUGGUUUGUGCAGCUGUAACGAAGUUUCGCCACCUGCGCUCUAAAGUCACCAACUUUUUUGUCAUCUCGCUGGCGGUGUCGGACCUGCUGGUGGCCAUCCUGGUCAUGCCCUGGAAGGCUGUGACAGAGGUGGCUGGCUUUUGGCCCUUCGGUUCGUUCUGUGACGUUUGGGUAGCUUUCGACAUCAUGUGCUCCACAGCUUCCAUCCUGAACCUCUGCAUUAUCAGCGUGGACCGAUACUGGGCCAUUUCCAGCCCGUUCCGCUACGAGAGGAAGAUGACUCCCAGGGUGGCCUUCGUGAUGAUCAGUGUGGCUUGGACGCUAUCCGUGCUCAUCUCAUUUAUCCCGGUGCAGUUAAAAUGGCACAAGGCACAGCCGACAAGCCUUUCCGAGGUGAACGCUUCGCACGGGACGCCGCUGAUGGACAACUGUGAUUCCAGCCUCAACAGGACAUACGCUAUAUCCUCCUCGCUCAUCAGCUUCUACAUUCCCGUCGCCAUCAUGAUCGUGACGUACACGCAGAUAUACAGAAUCGCCCAGAAGCAGAUCAAAAGGAUCUCCGCCCUGGAACGGGCCGCUGAGAGCGCUCAGAUCCGCCACGACAGCAUGGGCAGUGCUUCCAACAUGGAUUCGGAGAGCUCUUUUAAACUGUCGUUCAAACGGGAAACGAAAGUGUUAAAAACUCUGUCUGUCAUAAUGGGAGUAUUUGUUUGCUGCUGGCUGCCCUUUUUCAUCCUGAACUGCAUGGUGCCGUUUUGCAAGCACGGUGUGAAAAGCGGUGACGCCCAUCCGCCCUGCAUCAGUCCAAAAACGUUUGAUGUUUUCGUGUGGUUCGGAUGGGCCAAUUCCUCGCUCAACCCCAUCAUAUACGCCUUCAAUGCCGACUUUCGCAGAGCUUUCGCUAUCCUUCUGGGAUGCCAAAGACUCUGUCCGGGAAGCAAUAGCAUGGAGACACCCAGUCUGAACAAAAACUGAAAAGCACCCUUUUUCAUUUUUCGUGUGACAUGAGUGAACCCUUUGGGUGCCGACGGAUUGGCCAUGCGAGCCUAUGACACACGAAAGAAGACUGUUGGAAAAGGAGAAUGGAUUUGGGAUUAGACCAAAGACCACCUGAGAGCAAAGACAGCAGGUCUGAUGUUCCUUGAGCAAGGAUAAACAGGCUAUUUCGGGCGAAUUGCUCUACUCUUAUUAACCAAUAAAUUAUUAAAUCCACAAGUGACUUAAGGAACAUGUCAAAUGAAGAAUGAUCACAAAUAUACAUAAUGUUCAUCAAACAUUCACAAUCAGCAAGAAAAUGAACCGCUGGGCAUAAAUGCAAUAAAUGUUAUUUGUUGCUUCUGUAAGCGAGUCGAGAAUGAGUUGGUAAGGUAUCAUUCCAUGAAUAUUUAAAGUAUCACCAAAUAAUUGACAAUUUAAGCCAUUUACAAUAACAUUCAGUUAGUCUAAUACGUCACCGCUUGAUAAACAUUGAUGUCAUCCUCUCCAUCCAUUAUUGCGUGUCCUUCACAUCUUGCCUUAUUCACAAGACUUUUUUACAAAACAAGAGGGCAGAUGGUCAGUGAUGAAACGGCCGUCCCAUUAUUGCCAUAAUGACCAUGUAUGUUGUUCUCUGGUACUUGUUCUCUUUAAAUCCCCUCAUUCAUUAUUCAUUAUUAAACCGUGAAAACCAAGCACCAAGAAGAACAGAACAGAUGGUCAUAAAAUAAAAAUGCUGAUGUGGGAAUAGGAAAUGAAGUGUCACUUACGGUUAACAAGUAAUAGAUCCGUUUUUGUUGAGAUUUCAAUUACGUUCGAUGAGUCUGGUACCCUCAGUCCCGCUACGAAAUAACACUGGAUUGUUAUUGUGUCGAUGGAUGUGAUGCAAUGUGCCAUGUGGUGAUGUGGAACAUUUAAACACCAAGUGGGUGAAGUCUGCAGCAAACUGAAUGUAAUUAAAUGUGAUGAGUCUGUUAAUUGUGUUAUGAUCAAUUUUACAACAUGUGCUGCUGUUACUUGUAUUUACGCAGUAGUGCAUUUCUCGUUGUUGUGGUGUUUAGAAGUACACAGAUUCAGUGAUGACUGUGUUGAAGAACUAAAUGUUAUAUAUUUCACUAAUAAUUGAUCAAUCAUGGGAACGUGAACAUGUGAACAUUUGGUGGUGUUGAACUUUCAUUCCGUUGGCU